GUGUAAAGGCAAUCCAAUAUUCUUUGUUUUGGUUAAGAACUUGGGUUUGAACUGAUGAAGAGUAACGAUGGGAGAUGGAAUAAUCCACAUUGUGUAUUCAAUUCACAUAGAGAUGGGAAUGGAUCACAUGUUGUUGUUGUUUACUGGUGACUCUAAACUCUUUGUUUGGCAACCCACAACAGGUUUUAAAAGUCAUUUCUUAAGAAAGAACAAUGGAUUACUAUUUACAAGAACUCAUCGAAACCUACUAUUAAUAGGAGGUACAAGGUUUAGUGGUUUAUAUAUUGCUAGAGAAUUGGCAUUAUCUGGUCACCAAGUUGUCUUGUUCAAUCGAGGUAGCGUUCCUAUUGGCGAUAUUUCUCUCAAGAUAAGAGGUGAAACUGAGAAAGAUUUCCAAACAAGAAUGUCCAAUACUCACUUGAUAAAGGGAGAUCGCACCCAUCCUCAGGAUAUUUUACGUGUUGUACAAAGUGAAAAAUGGGAUGCCAUCUUUGAUAAUAACGGAAGAGAAUUAUCAGAUAGCAAGCCAUGGAUAGAUGGUUUGGGCCAUUCCAUACAACAUUAUAUGUAUAUGAGUAGUGCUGGUGUCUACAAGGAAAGUGGAUUACUUCCACAUAGGGAAGAAGAUGCAGUUGAUCACAAUUCAAGACACAAAGGAAAGUUGGAAACCGAACAAUAUUUGAAACAAUCUGGGAUACCCUUUACUUGUAUUCGUCCUACUUAUAUUUAUGGACCUCGCAAUUAUAAUCCUGUGGAAGAGUGGUUUUUCAAACGCAUCGACCAAAAUAGACCUAUUCCGAUACCUGGACAUGGAUUACAUAUUACGGGUUUGGGUCAUGUAGAAGACUUAGCAAAGGCAAUGGUUCUUGCUUUAGGCAAUCAACAAGCUGUUUCACAAACUUAUAAUAUUCAGGGAAGAUAUUCGGUGACUUUUGAUGGUUUUGCUAAGCUAUGUGCUAUUGCAGCUGGUAAAGACCCCAAUAAGUUGGAGUUGAUCCAUUAUGAUCCUAAAAAGGUUCCAAAGGAUAAGAAAUCGUUUCCAUUUCGACCACAGCACUUUUUCUGUAGUUGUGCUAAAGCUGAAAGAGAAUUGCAAUGGAAGGAACGUUGGGAUUUGGUUUCGGGUUUAAAAGACUCCUAUGAAAACGACUUUAUAGAAAAGAAGAAAAGAAAUGCUAUCUCUUUUGACUUUUCUCUAGAUGACCAGAUAUUAGAGUCAUUAAAGGAAGCCAAAAGUAUGUUGGUUUGAAUAAAAAAUAUAUAUAUACUUGUGGGGGAGAGAGACAAUCCAAGUCUUGGAGUAUAGGAAAGAAAGCCUCAUAAAACAAAAGUGGAAGGAGAAGAGCAUCGGCCAUUUUCUGAUUAUUA